GAUCGUUUAGUUAUAUUCUAACACCGAAGAGUAUCUAACGUUAUCUUAGCGCGGUUCGCAAUUUGAAAAUAAAAUUGUCGUGGAAACUAAUUGAUUAGUUUGGUGAAUUUAAACAUCGCAGUAUUAGAGUAUUCGUUAUGGAACUACAGAACACAGGACCUAACAUUGAAGCGCCUGAAAAGGAUAAAAACAAUAAAACUGAUGAAUCAGAAAGACCAAAUUGGUCCAAUGGACUUGAAUUUCUAAUGUCCUGCAUUUCAAUGUCCGUUGGAUUGGGAAAUGUAUGGCGAUUUCCUUUUACUGCUUACGAAAAUGGAGGUGGAGCUUUUUUGAUACCCUACAUUGUUGUUCUUAUACUAAUUGGAAAACCAAUGUACUAUUUGGAAAUGAUUUUGGGUCAAUUUACAAGUAGAAGUUCAGUCAAGCUUUGGUCUGUUUGUCCAGCUUUUAUUGGUGUUGGAAUGGGACAAGCUUUUGCAACAAUUUGCAUUAUUACAUAUUACUCAUCUUUGCUAGCUCUGACACUAUAUUAUUUUAUAGUAUCUUUUCAAGCUGUUUUGCCAUGGACUUAUUGUAGAGAUGAAUGGGGUCCACUUUGUGUUGCAUCAAAUGGAAGUUCCCAUAACUCUUCUGAUGUCACCGGUCAGCUGCAGACCAGUUCAGAGAUGUACUUUUUGAAAAACGUAUUGAACGAGAAAAAUGAUAUCACUGACGGAGUUGGAUAUCCAAAUCUAGAUCUUACAGGAACGCUCUUUGCAUCAUGGGUUGUCAUAUUCCUUGUUAUAGCGAAAGGUGUGAAAAGUUCUGGAAAAGCUGCUUACUUUUUAGCACUUUUCCCUUACGUGGUUCUUAUUGCUUUGCUUAUAAGAGCUGUAACGCUAGAUGGCGCUAUAGAUGGAAUUAUUUUCUUUUUGAAGCCAAACUGGUCUGAAUUGGCUAAUCCAACGGUAUGGAAAGAAGCUGUUGUUCAGUGUUUUUUCUCAUUAGCUGUUGGCCUUGGACCAAUUGUUAUGUUUUCAUCUUACAAUAAAUUUAACUAUGGAAUUUAUAGAGAUGCUAUGAUUGUAACUACAUUGGACACUUUUACAAGUCUGCUAGCAGGAAUAACAAUAUUUGGAAUUCUAGGCAAUCUAGCACAUAAUUUGAAAGUGGAAAAUAUUUCUGAAGUUGUACGUGGUGGAACUGGCUUAGCAUUUAUAUCAUAUCCUGAUGCUAUUGCUAAAUUUCAGUUUAUACCUCAGUUAUUUGCGGUAUUAUUUUUCUUCAUGUUAUUCGUUCUUGGAGUGGGUUCCAUUGUAGCAUUGCAAAGUACAAUAGUUACAAUAAUUUGCGAUCGAUUUACUUCACUUAAAUUCGCUUAUGUGGCUUUUGUUACUUGUUUCUUGGGCUUUUUAUGCAGCAUUGUAUACGUGACACCAGGAGGACAAUGGAUAUUAAAUUUGGUAGAUUUCUUUGGAGGAACAUUUGUAGUUUUCGCUUUGGCUAUUUUCGAAAUGAUCGGCAUUGCUUGGAUUUACGGAUUGCAAAAUUUGUGUGAUGAUGUUGAGUUUAUGAUGAAUAAGAAAGUCACAAUGUAUUGGCGUUUAUGUUGGACAGUCUUUACCCCAGGACUUAUGAUAAUAAUUUUUAUUUAUUCAAUGGCUACCAUCGAACCACUUAAAUAUAGUGGCCUGGAAUAUCCUGAUUCUGCCACAAUUGCUGGAUGGACAAUAUUAGCAAUUGGUUUUGCUCAAUUCCCCUUAUGGUUUAUAUGGGUUGCAUCUAAUCAUCGAGCGAGUAAUCCCUGGCUGACCUUGAGGACGAUAAUGAAACCUACAGAUGAUUGGGGACCACUUGAUCCAGAAGUUCGAACAAGUUGGAUUCUUUUUAAAUACGAUUUGGCUGAACAGAGAAGAAAAAACAACGAGAACAAUAAAAUCAGUUUCUUUUGGCAAAAAUUAAAUAAUCUAUUAGCUGUAACGAACGAGCGUAACCCAAACUAUCAACAACAAUAAAAUUUGAACUUAUAAUUUUCUCAAUUUUUAUUUAAACUUUCAGUUUAAUUUUAAUUGUAUAAAUGGAUCAUUGACUCAUUGUUCUAACCUAAACUUGGAAAUCUAUUACAUUUUUAUUACAUAUUGCAAUUAUUGUACUCAUAUGUAUUAAAUAUUAUUUGUUCUUUCAGAGUAAAUUUAAAACUGUAAAUUAUGUUUUAAGCUUGUUAAAGUUUAUUCUUAGUCAAACCAUCGAGAUGUAAAGAAC